UGUUGCAUUUUACUGAAUUUCUAUUUAUAUUUAUUCUCUUCUCUCUUUCUUUUUUUUCUCAUUCGCAUUCUCACAUUUAUUUUUCUUUAUUUUCUCUCUCUAUUCAAAUGGACGCUGUUGUCGACCUGACAGACUCACCGACCUCUCCACCACCAUUAAAUUCUGCGCAUUCGCCUUUAACCACACACCCAAACAACACACACAAUGAGUACGCCGGUCCUGUAGUGAUAUCCAGUGACGAAGAAGCAGCAGCAGAGGGCAUUCAGGCCCAAGGGCGUAUGCCGGCUGGCGUCCCGCCACUCCCUCAGGGAUACAUCCUGCCUCCUAUCCGCCCGCCAAGUGAGCGCAGCCAUGGCCGUAUCGAGCGCAUAACCACCUUACGACAGAUGCUCAUGUCGGGACGGAGUGGUAACAGAAAUAACCGUAGUAAUGGUAGUAAUGUACAGGGCCGACCACAACAACAAGUUCUGUUGGGGUCUAAUCGGCUUGUUCCGUUGCAUAUGACUCGGCCGCCAAUAAUUUCCCGUGGCGUGCAGCAUAUGGCCAACGACCCCAUCCAGCCGGGCGUCUAUAACCCCAUCCACGCCCGCCCUCUUCUUCCACACGAGCGCCAACAACGCAUAGCAGAGGCAGCGGCUGCAGCGGCAGCGGCAGCAGCAGCAACAGCAGCAGGGGCGGAUUCACCAUUAUCCUCAGCAGUAAUAUCCGGACGCGAAACCGCCGACGGAGCCAUUGACGUCGAAGAUGUCGACCCCACACCCUACAACCAAAUGGCAGCAGCAGCAUCAGCAUCAGCAAACAGAUCCUACGUAUCGUCUUCUGACGAUCUAUCCAGCGAGUACAGUGGCAAUGAAAGCCCGCGCAAUUCCAUCCCUGCUCGGACAAUCCGCCCCUUUGUUGGCAGGAGAUAUCGCGAUUCUGAAGACAGACAGGCGGCAAUGCAGCUUAUAAGAGAGGCGCGUGCUCGGCAACAAGCCCAAUCCAUCAACCACAAUUCACGGGCGGAAAUAGAAAUCCAGCGUCGGUACCGGAGUCAGCGGAAUCGGCAGUUAAACGAGACUCGCGCGGCCCAGCGCCGCAGCAGACCAGGUAGCGGACAGAAUGCCACCGGCACAUCAAUCCCAUUCAUGUUUCCGUUCCACCCGGGUCUACUCCCGCACCACUUCCAGCGCAACACAACCAAUGGCAGCGGCAAUUCCACUAAUCGAACACAGCUAAAUCCGUUUGAUUUUUUCCCUGGCGAGGAUAUCUCGGACCUGCUCACUUUUCUUGAAGCCACCGCCCCGCAGCCACCAUCGAAUACUGCGAGACCGCGGCCGCUGUCCCCGGUUCAGCUGACGAAGCAGCAGGCGGAGCUGGCCAAAACCUCGGACUUUUCGCGCUGCGUGCCUGCGUGUAACUACAGGGAUACGCUGCCGGCGGAUAUUUCCGCUGCUACGGCUUCAAAGGCUUUGGAGAUUGUCUGUGCGCAGUGUACGGGCACUUUGUUCGAUAAGGAGCCGGCCUGGGCGCCCCGCUGUGGCCAUGUUAUGUGUAACGCCUGCUACGAGGAUAUUACUGCUGGGUCUAGGGCAUGCAAGGUGUGCAGGCACCGAAUGCACAAGAAUAAGCUGGUACACUUGUUUACAUGAACAGAAUAAUAAAAU